ACGGUCCAUCGCGAGCUCGAAAGUGGACUUUGGGAGUUUAAAAAGUUAGUCACUUAUCAUUGUCGCCAGCUAGCAUAACUUUACUGCCAGUGGGUGACAGCGGUUGUCAAGUUUGUUUUUCUUGGUUUUGACAUCUUGAAGGCUAAACGUGGUUCAACGGUGAUCUGUGUUGGAGUUUUUGGAAUUUCAUAUUCGCUUUCGACAGAAGAUUUUUUUAUUUAUUUUUUCUCCUCAGGCAGCCAGUGGCCGUUGUCAUUUUGUGCUCUAGUAUUUUGCCCCAAGUAUCAGAGGUUUUCGUGACAGUUCCAAAGUUUUUUCUUUUUAUCACGCGACCACCUCGCCAUGUCCUCCGGAGAUGCCUCGGAGCAAAGUCGGCGGUUCUGUGUGUUGUCAUGGGAGCAGGUGCAGCGACUGGACGCGAUUCUCGGGGAGAGCGUGCCUAUCCACGGACGUGGGAACUUCCCCACGCUCUCCGUGCAGCCCCGACAGAUAGUCCAGGUGGUCCGGGCGCGACUGGAGGAGCGGGGUGUGAUCGUUCGAGACGUGAAGCUGAACGGUUCGGCGGCGAGCCACGUGCUGCACCAGGACACAGGCCUCGGCUACAAGGACCUGGACCUGAUCUUUGGCCUGCCCCUGGCUGACGACAAGACCUUCCGGCUGGUCAAGGACGUGGUCAUGGACAGCCUGCUGGACUUCCUCCCCGCGGGCGUGAGCCGCGACCGCAUCACGCCUCUGACGCUCAAGGAGGCCUACGUGCAGAAGAUGGUGAAGGUGUGCAAGGACACGGACCGCUGGAGCCUGAUCUCGCUCUCCAACAACACGGGCAAGAACGUGGAGCUGAAGUUCGUGGACUCCCUGCGGCGGCAGUUCGAGUUCAGCGUGGACUCCUUCCAGAUCGGCCUGGACUCGCUGCUGCUGUUCGACCGCUGCUCCGAGACACCCAUGUCCGAGAGCUUCCACCCGACCGUGCUGGGCGAGAGCAUGUACGGCGACUUCCAGGAGGCGCUGGGCCACCUGCGCUGCAAGACCAUCGCCACGCGCAGCCCCGAGGAGAUCCGCGGCGGCGGCCUGCUCAAGUACUGCCACCUGCUGGUGCGGGGGUUCCGGCCGGCCUCCGAGGCACAGAUGAAGACGCUCCAGCGCUACAUGUGCUCGCGGUUCUUCAUCGACUUCCCCGACAUCGCCGAGCAGCAGCGCAAGCUGGAGGCCUACCUGCAGAACCACUUUGUGGGCAUGGAGCACAAGCGCUACGAGUGCCUGGUGAUGCUGCGGCGGGUGGUGGACGAGAGCACCGUGUGCCUGAUGGGCCACGAGCGCCGCCAGACGCUAGCGCUCAUCUCCGCGCUGGCGCUGCGGGCGCUGGCCGAGCAGAACGCCAUACCCGCCGUGCCCAGCAUCACCUGCUACUACCAGCCGGCGCCCUACGUCAGGGACGUCAACUUCAGCAACUAUUACGUGGCGCACGUGGCACAGUCGCCCGUCCACAGCUGCAGCAGCAGCUAUCAGACUUGGUUGCCAUGCCGCUGAUGACUGGAGAGAGGAGUACGGAGGAGAGAGUGACUUUGGAAAGCCGCAGCAGCAGGAACCAGACUGGGUUACCAUGCCGCUGAUGAUGAUGAUGAUGGAUGGGAUGGGGAAGGACAGAGAGAAAGGAGGCUGUGGACAGCUGCAACAGAAGCAUCUCCCAGAUGUGGUUGCCAUGCCAUGCUGAUGGAACUGAGGCAGAGACGAGAGCAAGAGCGAACGAUAAAGUGACAACUUAGCAGAGAAAACUGAACGAAAAAAAAGCCUGGGGUGCAUUUCUCGAAACCAAAGUUGCUUACUACAUUUGCUACUUUGUUGUUUUCAAUGCAUUUUCCCAUUGGCAACUACCCAAGUUGCUAACAGGCUAACAACUUCUCUUUUGAGAAAUGCACCCCUGAAUUUGAAUGGGGGAAAGAACUGUGUUUUUGCUUGUGUGUGAGUGUUUGUCUAUUUUUUUUGUAUGUUUUGUCUGUGUGCGUGUUUUUGUCUGUGAGAACACACGAGAGACUCAAAGAGAGAAAGGAGAGAGAGGGAUGGAACGAUGAGGAAAAAAACAGACUAAAAUGCUUCGAGGCUGUUAGUUUUUCUCUUAUGUAUAGAGGGGUCUUAGUAGACGAUCCAGUCCAUGUGUAGCUUUGUGGAAGUUAAAGUGUGAUGCCAUAUAAGGACGGAGGAGACAAAAAAAAACAGAAAGGGAGUAAGGAAAAAUAAUAAAAAAAACAUUGAAUUUAUGUAUUUUUUAUUUCUUUCCACAUCUUGAUGUCACCCACCCCACUAAGUUAUAAAAACGAACACUGCUGUAAAUUUGAAUCGAGCCAUUGUUAAGUCGUUUCUUUUUUUCUCUUCAUGUUCUCUUAAGAUGUCGUUAUGUAAAAAAAAAAGACAGAAAGGGAAACGAGUGAACGGAUGGUCAAGUGUUGGGUGCAAAGGGACGAUGCUAAAGCACUUUUCUUACUGCCUUCUGGAUUUGGUGUAACAUGUUAUACUGCGUUCAGACCAAAAACGUCUUAAAGCUGUAAAAUCGCCCAAAGUAGCCUAAUUCACUUUGAAUGGAGACGAUUGACCGCAGUGACUAAACGUUGGUGAUGAGAACGACUUUUAAACUUCGCACAAGCGAGUAUGACGUGUUUUGUCUCUAAAACACUGUUAAUAAAUCAGAAUGCAGCAAUGACAGCAUAUCCUUUGAAUGGAUUAGUGACAUUGAAUGUUCACGCCAUGAGCUACUUAAGAGACGAAAGUGAACAGAAUUAUUUGGCAGCUGUAUUUCACCAGCUACAAUAGCGAUUUUACAGCUUCAGUCGCUUGUAUUCUGAAUGCAGCAUAAAAAACAAUGUAUGGUUGCUUUAGCAAAAAUGUAUAUAAGUUAUAACCUUUAAUGGAUCGUUCUGUCCUUGACCAAGAGAGAGAAGACGGCUCAGAGGGCUGAGUUCUGUUCUGACUGUGGUUGCAUUUACACUUCUUUUUUUUUAUUUUGAAGAACUGAGGACCAAAGAAAUUUCCUUGUAAAAGUGGAAUGUUGCUUUUGUUGCCUCCCAAGUGCCUGAGACCGACAUGGUAAAAAAAAACAAAAAAACUGUACAUUAUUUGUAUGUAAAUUAAAAAAAAAACUUGUCAGAAAUUUUGAAACCUU